AUGAGCGACGACGACCUCCGCUCCGCGUUCCCAGCGGCGAGCGACCCCACCAUACUCGCAGAGCUGCGGUCCAUGGCGCAGAUCUACUCCCUCUCAGCCCAGGACCUGUUCUACAAGCACGAGGCUUUCCUCCUCUCUCGCCCGUCAGGGCUACGCGCCAAGCUCAGCACGUUCACGCUCGAUGUCGCGCGUGAGCUGCGCAAGGAAAUCCAGCGCGAGUUUUCUGCCAAGCGCGUUGCGGCGACGCCGGACAAAGUUGGCGUGCGCAAGCGCCCGAUCAGUUCGGACAUUGGAGGCUUCCUCGACAAUCUCACGCCGCAGCGUCCUGGCCGGCAGCGGCUCAGCAAUGCGGGCAACCUCGUUAACAUCCCUUCCCCUCACAACGCUUACGCCACGCCAUCCAGAACACCCACAGCUGCAGCAAACUCGAGCGCAUACCGCCCCACCAAGCUCGGCGUGACCCCUGGCCGUGCUGCUCCUACAUCCCCAAUCAGCGGCGGCGAGACUCCAGGUGACCUCAAGCCCGUGUCGCAGCCCUUUCGCUCCCGACCCCAGCCCCUCCAGCUCCUCGAAACGCUCAACCCCCACCUCACGCCCAGCGACGGUGCGCCACCGGGUUCGCGGCAACGCGUCAAAAUCACCCACACUGCCGACCCCAAGGAUUGGGACUACCGAUACAUGUUCGAGAAGAUCAGCGUGCGUUCCGAGGCUCUGGACGAGCAGAUUGACGAGUUCGCCGAAGUCAUCAAGGAUGCGUAUGCGCUCGCAGACCUUGGCGACCCCCAUCUUCCUUCAGAGGACGACAUCUACGUCGUUGGCCGAAUCCUCUCCCCGCCCACUGAUACCUCCAAGGCUUCCUCCACGGCGCUCUACCUCCAGAGUUCGCGCGUGUUGGGAGGCGGGCACGUCGUCCCUCUGCGCUUCGCUCCAGCGGGCGAGCUCAAGGUGCGCGGUGGUGCGCCGGGUGUAAGAGGUUUUGGGCUGUUUCCCGGCGCUCUUGUUUGUGUGAAAGGGCGCAACGGAGGCGGCAACGCGUUCGUCGUGAACGAGGUUCUCCAACCGCCUCCCAUUGAUCCAGUGAUGACGCAGCGCGAUGAACUCCUCAACCAUCAGCAGGGCGAGGCACUCGGCGGAUUGCCCAUCUCCGUCCACGUUGUCGCUGGGCCGUACUCCGUCGACAGCGACUUGCUAUACGAGCCACUCGACGCGUUGAUCGAUGUCGCAUGCUACGAGCGGCCAGACGUCCUCGUCAUGCUCGGGCCAUUCGUCGACGCCGCGCACCCCCUCAUCCAGGCAGGACAGCUCUCCGUUUCCCCCGUCGAACUCUUCCGCGAACAGGUUGCAGCUCGCCUCGCGCGUCUGCACGACGCCUCGCCUGCCACUUCCGUCGUGCUCGUCCCGAGCGUGCGUGAUCUCAUCUCAAAGCACGCCGCCUACCCCCAGGCGAUGCUGGAUAGGGAGGGCGGCCUCGGACUCUUGAAGAAGGUCCGCUUGCUGCCAAACCCAGGUACAUUCAACAUCAACGAGGUGCAGAUCGCUGUUGCCUCCCCCGACAUCCUUUUCCACAUGCGCAGGGAAGAGGUGUUCCAACGCGCCGAGGAGGCCGAACCUGACCCGGCCACUCCAGCCAACCCCAACCCCCAGGGCGACCCACUGGCCAAUCUUGUGCGGCACGUGUUGGGCCACAGGCACUUCUAUCCGCUCUUCCCGCCACCCGAGAAGGACGCGGCAGAGGUUAACCUCGACGUGACGCACUGGCACCAGCUGCGGAUGGAGAAGGCGCCGGAUGUGCUUGUGCUUCCCUCGCGGUUGAAGCAUUUUGCCAAGACUGUGGAUGGCACGCUUGCGAUCAACCCUGGUCACCUGUCGCGCAUGAACGCACCAGGCACCUUUGCAAAGAUCGCAAUCCACCCGUCUGACGCGAAGGCGCUCGAAGUCGAUGCGGAAAUGGACGACGACCAUCUCACGCACGACGUGUUUGACCGUGCGCGAACCGAGGUUUGGCGGAUCUAG